AUGUCUGGUCUAAGCACGAAAGUCAUCGUGGCCUUGAACCUUUUGUAUAUCGCCAGCGCAGCACCCAGUGCUCAGUCCGUCAACUCUGGCUUGCAAAAUCUUGCUGCACAACGACCUAUACGGUACACGCCUGUCACCUUACACCGCACAGGAGCGGUGGUUGUACUCGACACUCCACAAACACAAAGCCAAGCAGCCAGCUCCUGCUCUGCCAUCGGCGAAUCCCUGUGGACGCCUCCUUCCGAUCUCAGUGCGAAUGACUUCCUGGCAUAUCUAACAUAUCAGCCUGGUGUGGAGACGCGCGAUCAGUGGCAUCAUCCUAACCCACCAUAUGGACCCGGAAACCAUGGUACAUGGCAGAUUGGCCUGUGGCAGCAUUACCAACUCUACUUCAUUGCAGGUCAAGCUGGAAAAGGCGGCUACCAAGCCAUCUCGCCGAAGAGCAAGACAAGCUCAGUCGAUUGCAAUUCCAAGCUUCCAGCACUAUGUACGCAGAGCGCUGCUCUCUCAGGCAUCAACAUCACAGAUACCAGUGCCAAAUUUCAGACAUCCGUACCUUCUGGUAAUGCUGUCUACACCGGCUACCGUGAUAAACUAUGGUUCCGCUUUCUUGGCAUUCAGUAUGGCAGCUACCCUGAGCGUUUCACAUACUCUCCGCCAGUGGACCAUUCUGGUGUAGGUGUAACCCUCCUUGAGUCCGCUGACAGGCUGCAGCCCUUUGCCGAUGCGAGCUUUGAUGUUCGCCCUAAUGCGCUCCCCAUUCCUCCCACGUUUAGACCCUUGAAUCUGUCUGGUGAGCGCGGGGAUGCCAAGUCGACAGCUUGGCGACGGGGGAAAAGGUGGGAGAGCAUGGCAGCAGCCUCUCAUCACCAUGCUUCUCGGCUCAAGAUACCACUUCUCAAGUUCACGCUGAUUCGUGGCGGUAUUGCUAGACCAUGCGGCCGUACAGCAUCUUCGGAACGUGCAUGUAUGGCUGGCGACAAUGAAAGAAUCCUUUGCUCCGGACAAGCUAAAGUCAAAAAGGCUGCAAAAAGAUCUCCAGUAGUCUGA